ACCGGGGCUACAGUUAAUCAGACCCUGAAACACGUGUAGUGGUAUCCUCAGUCGACACCAGUGUUCUGGCAGUGGCAGACGUAACCCGGCGGACACUGAGUUAGAGAUUUCAACGCCAUGGUGGCUUUCAACCAAGACCCGCCUCCUUACGACGGCCAGAUGGAUAACGGCCACGUGAACACCGCCUACAAUGGCGACACGCCUUCGAAAGCAGCGGACAAGGAGCGGGAGGUCCAGGAGCGCAGCCAGGCGAAAGUAAACGAUCCCUGGGCCAUCGUCGAGCUCGUGGAGGAUUCAGGACCCAAGUGGAGUGAAAUGUCAACAUCAGACAAGGCGAAGCGUAUUCUUCUAAACACGAGCAAAAUCUGCCUUGCCCUCUCUCUCCUGUACAUGUUCAUCUGUUCCCUCGACUUCCUCAGCGCCUCCUUCAGGCUCAUCGCCGGAAAGACCACAGGUGAUGUCUUGAAUAAUGAAUAUGUGAGGAACCCUGUUGUUGGUCUGAUGAUUGGAAUUCUGGUGACAGUGCUGGUGCAGUCUUCUUCAACUUCUACCUCAAUCAUAGUGUCUAUGGUCUCAGCUGGCAUCUUGGAUGUGCACGUGGCUGUACCCAUGAUCAUGGGAUCCAACAUUGGAACUUCUGUAACUAAUACCAUCGUCUCUCUAACCCAGGUGGGAGAUCGAAAUGAAUUCCGUAGAGCAUUUGCUGGAGCCACUGUUCAUGAUAUGUUCAACUGGAUGACUGUUUUUACACUUCUCAUUAUUGAAAUUGCAACAGGAAUGCUAGAAAAAAUGACAACUGUUAUGGUAGCAGAUCUGGGAUGGGCCACAGGAGGAGGAGGAGAAGUAAAGCUUUUGAAAUAUAUUACUGAACCCUUCACUAAAAUUGUUAUCCAGCUGGAUAAGGAGGUGCUAAAUGCAUGGGGCACAGGCGAAGGAGAACUUGCCAAUGAAACUUCUCUGAUCAAAGUUUACUGCAAAAAAGAGUGCAUGGAAGCAUCAACUACAGCACCUCUCCUUUUAACAACAACCAUUGGCAAGCGAAUGUGAAAAAGUUGGGUACCACACUCCUGUCACUUCCUGUUUUACGAGACCUCUUUGACAGAUUCUCAAGUUGGCAUUAUCCUUCUCAUUGGAUCUCUCUUGAUCCUGUGCACAGCUCUUGUUCUUAUUGUCAAGAUUCUCAACUCCAUGAUGAAAGGAAAAAUGGCAGUGAUCAUUAAGAAGACCAUCAAUGCUGAUAUCCCAUAUGUACCCUGGCUGACUGGAUAUAUUGCUAUCCUUGUUGGAGCAGUGAUGACAUUCCUUGUCCAGUCAUCAUCAAUCUUUACAUCAACACUUACACCCCUUAUUGGUAUUGGUGUUAUCUCGGUUGAAAGAUCAUACCCUCUUACUCUUGGAAGCAAUAUUGGAACUACUACAACAGCACUCUUGGCAGCUAUGGCUGGCGAGGGAGAGGGUCUUGUUUAUGCUAUACAGGUGAAUUGCUUUGUGCAUCUCUUCUUCAACAUCUUCGGUAUUUUACUGUUCUACCCCAUUCCAUUCAUGAGGUUCCCUAUCCCUCUUGCUAAGAAGCUGGGAGACACUACGGCAAAAUAUCGCUGGUUUGCUAUAAUGUACCUCAUCGUUAUGUUCUUCAUUCUCCCAGGAUUUAUCUUCUUACUUUCUCUUGGUGGACCAUAUGCUCUAUAUUUUGUUGGUCUUCCUUUAUUGAUCCUCUUUGUGUUAGUUGUCAUCCUCAACAUCAUGCAGAUCAAGUGCCCACAAAUUCUUCCAAAUGUAUUGAAGAACUGGAACUGGCUGCCCAAACCACUCCACUCACUCAGCCCAUAUGACAAAUGCUGCCUAGCUCUUCCCUGCUGCAAAACUUGCAGAACUGCCACAGAGGAGAGUAAUGAACUUGAGAAAGUUGAAGUAGAGAAACCUACAGGUCUAGAAAACCAGGGCUAUGAUUCAAAUGACACUCGGUUUUGAAGUUAGUUGAAAUACAUGUUUGGUGUAUGCAUAUAUGUAUAUGUAUAUAUAUUUAUAUGCAUGCAGUACACAUAUGCAUAUAUAUUUUUUAAUGAAUACAGUUCAUACUGUGGAUGUGUAGUGAAGUCAUUCUUUGUUGUUUAAGCAUAUCUGUGUUAUGAACCUUUUAGAAUGCAUUUUAAAUCAACAUUCAUCAUGUUACUCAUUUCUUCUUCAUUAGGGACAUUUUCUAUCUUUUUUUAUCAGAACUGCGGUGUUUUAAUGAAAUACAAUUAAAAUGCAGCAUACAGAUAAAAAAUCAUAUUAUUUAUUUUUCUACAAAGCAGAUAUUCUUCCAUACUGUCAUCUUUAAAUAAUUCUCAUACAUGUACCUGUCAUUUUCAUACAUUAUUUCAUCAUCAUUUAGUGAUAGUUCUAAAAGAAUAUGUGCAGAUUUUUUAAAUGGUAUGCGGUUAAAACAUAUUUCUUUUUAAACAGGAAAUCAAUUAAUAGAAUCAAGAAACCAAACAAUAAUAUUCAGGCAAUAUAAUCUUUUACUGUUUAUCAUACCUUAUGUAUUUUCAAGAAAUACAUUUGAAUUCUC